AGAGAGAAAGAGAGAGAGAGAGAGAGAAUGCGGGACUCUUGGAAAAAGACGCAUCUACACUCGGGUCCAUCACCGAGACAUCCAUCCCGAACACAGGCUCCACAGGAUUACGCCAAAUUGAUGAUGAUGUCGGAAUCUCCAUUUUUAGCCCGCCAAGAGAGGCUCUGAUUUUUUAUUUUAGUUUUAUGAGGGAAAAAAUAGGAUGAGAAACUCGCUCUGAGAAGCACACAUAACUUACGUGAAGGAAUCCGACGGCUUGGCACGUUGCUCCACUGCGGGAAAAAAAAGAGGAAAAAGGCAGCUGGAUCUAAAGGUAAGAAAAAGAUCCAGUGGCUUCAUCCCAAAGACUUUAUUUUUUUUUUUUAAUUUUCAACCCUCUUCUGUGAGGGAUGUGAGUUAAUUUCCCUCAUCGUCCGGAGAGCUGAGCAGUGUUGUUUUUUUUUCUCCUUUUGUGCGGUGCUGCAUUGCAGUUUCUAACUGUGAAAAACGCGAGAAAAGCCGCUGUCCCGAAUGUGACUGGAAUAAAAAGAACUUACAAAUGGCAUUAUGAACUGACAAGCGUGCUGGGGUGACAGCGGGAUAGCUCUUACGGGAAAGAAAGAGUGAAGUGGAUUAAUCAAAGGCUGAUGAAUUAGUUGUUUCCUUUUUUUACGCAGCAGGAUGGAUUUUUUGAUAUCUUUGUGGCGUGAACAGCCCAGCAAGAAAUUAUUAUUAUAGUAGAAGUUGCGAAAAAGAGAAUAAGAGGGGGGAUAAAAGAAAGGAGCCCUGCACCGCUGAAGUGAAGUACAGAGAGAGUGCGGAAGCUUUUCCCCGGACCUCAGGCGGCAGUCCGCAGAGAGCGAUAGGGAGAAGGUAAGAAAGGAUAAAUCAAACACCCACGCUGUGAGCUACACCACACCACAAAACACCAAUAAAGCAAAGACAAGCCUCAGCUCAGAGGCAGACAGCGGGGAAAGGAGAGAGGCGAGAGAAGGAAGGAGCCAUGCAGAGGCUUGGUGCAGUGCACUCCUCCGCGGCGCAGGCUCUCAGCCUCGUGGUCUUAGUGCUGCAGCUGCUGACUCAGCUACCGGGUGCCGACUCAGCUCUCCGGUACCGGGUGGCGGAGGAGGGCCCACCUGACGUCAAGAUCGGCAACGUGGCUGCAGACCUGGGCCUCACGGCCGGUACAGGCAGCGGGGACGUCACCUUCGCCCUGGAGAGUGGCUCAGAGUUCUUCAAGAUUGACAAUGUGACAGGUGAGCUGACGACAGGACCAAGGCGCAUCGACAGAGAGAAGCUCCCACAGUGCCAGAUGAUUUUUGAUGAAAAUGAGUGUUUCUUGGACUUUGAGGUGUCCGUGAUCGGGCCGCUGCAGAGCUGGGUGGACCUGUUUGAGGGGCGUGUGGUCAUAACAGACAUCAAUGACAACACACCUUCCUUUCCCUCACCUGUGCUCCAGCUAUCAGUUGAGGAGAAUCGGCCAAUUGGAACUCUUUACCUUCUGCCCACUGCUACAGACAGGGAUUUUGGGCGAAAUGGUAUUGACCGCUAUGAGCUGAUCCAAGAUGGUGCGGCUGGAUCAAGUGCAACAAGACGCACAGGAGGAGGAAGCACCAUUGCUAGAGUGGAUGGGCUUGGGGAUCGGAGGGGCAGAAGUGGAGAUAAUGGAGGAGGACCCAGGAGCACUGUGUUUGAGCUACAAGUUGCAGAUAUACCAGAUGGCGAGAAACAGCCACAGCUCAUUGUGAAAGGCACAUUGGAUCGUGAGCAAAAGGACUCAUAUGAGCUUGUCCUCAGGGUUCGAGAUGGAGGGAACCCACCCCGUUCCUCCCAAGCCCUGCUCCGUGUUUCCAUCACUGAUGUCAACGACAACAGCCCACAGUUUGAGAGGUCCACAUAUGAGGCAGAAAUGGCCGAAAACGCUCCUCCAGGCACACCUGUCCUUCAGGUCAGAGCUUCAGACCGUGACAUUGGAGUCAAUGGGCAGGUGGAGUAUGUCUUCGGAGCUGCCACUGAAUCCGUCAGGCGACUCCUGCGGCUGGAUGAAGCAACCGGAUGGCUGAGUGUCCUUCACAGGAUUGACAGGGAAGAUGUGGCUCAACUGAGGUUCACAGUAACGGCCAGAGAUCGGGGUCAGCCACCACGCACUGACCGCACCACGGUCAUUUUGGCUGUCAGGGAUGAAAACGACAAUGUCCCAGUGGUAGAGAUCCGGAAGAUUGGACGGAUCCCUGUUCGGGAUGGAGCAGCUUUAGUGCCGGAAAACGUUCUGGUGGACACGCCAGUCGCUCUGGUGCAGGUGUCAGACCGAGACCAAGGAGAAAAUGGGGCUGUGACGUGCACAGUUGUAGGAGACGUCCCAUUCACACUGAAGCCAGCUGGUGAAACAGCGCUCCCACCCCUACCUGCAGAUGAAGCCUUUGACAGGAAUAAGAAAAAAUACUUCUUACAUACUUCAGCCUUGUUGGACUACGAGGCCACCAAAGAGUACAGUGUUACCAUUGUGGCAGUAGAUUCUGGCAGCCCCAGUCUGUCCAGCAACAGCUCACUGAUGGUAAGAGUGGUAGAUAUCAAUGACCAUGCUCCAGCCUUUGCCCAGAGCGUCGUUGAGGUCCACUUUGCUGAGAACAACUCUCCUGGUGAAAGGGUGGUCACUGUGGUGGCAACAGAUGCAGACAGUGGCAAGAAUGCGGAGAUUGCAUACUCCCUGGACCCUGCUGGCAACGGGCCAUUUUACAUAGAUGCAGAUAAUGGAGAUAUCCGUGCCACUGGGGUUCUGGACCGUGAGCAGCGAGAAAGGUAUGAACUCCGGGUUAUCGCCAAGGACAAGGGUACGCCCUCUCUACAAGGCUCUGCAACUGUUGUCAUUCAGGUGACCGAUCGAAAUGACAAUGCACCAAAGUUUGUUCAGGAAAUCUUUACAUUCUACGUGAAAGAGAACCUGCUUGCCAACAGCCCAGUUGGCAUGGUCACCGUGACUGAUGCUGACGAAGGCGAGAACGCAGAACUUAGUCUGUUUGUUGAGAUGGAUGGAACUGAUGAGAAGAAGAUGGGAGGGAACACGGAAGGCGAAGGUGGUGAGAAAGAGCAAGAAGAGGUGUUUUCCAUCGAGAACAACACAGGAACUAUCUUCUCUUCUGCAUCGUUUGACCGUGAAAAGCUUUCCACCUACACCUUCCGUGUCCGGGCCGUUGACGGAGGGGAGCCUCGUAAAACUGCCACUGCCACCAUUUCGCUCUUUGUGACUGACGAAAAUGACAAUGCCCCCUCCGUCACCUCUCCAGCCAAUGAGUCCUACACCCUCCUUCCGCCUGCAAGCAGUGCCCGCACCAUCGUCAGGACUGUAACAGCCAUAGACUCAGACACUGGCCCAAAUGCAGACCUUCGCUAUGCUCUAGUGGGAGGAAAUCCCUUCAGACUGUUUGAAAUUGGCCACACCAACGGAGUGAUCACUCUGGCAGAACCUCUGGAGCGGCGCCACAGAGGUCUGCAUCGCCUGGUUGUCCGGGUCAAUGAUAGUGGGGCCCCCUCUCUCUGUGCCACUGCCCUGGUCCAUGUCUUCAUCAACGAGAGCUUGGCCAACGCCACUCUAGUGGAUGCACAGGUGGCCCGAAGUCUGAUGGCUCCGCUGUCACUGGACAUUGCAGGGGACCCAGACAGCGAGCGCGCAUUAGGGAAACAGCGCCUCAGUGUAGCUAUUGGUGUCCUGGCGGGAGCUGCAGCGGUCAUCCUGGUUAUCCUCCUUGUAGUCACAGCUCGGCAAUGCGGUGCUCAAGGCAAAAAUGGCUACGAGGCCGGUAAGAAGGAGCCAGAAGAGGACUUCUUCAGUCCUCCGGGGGCUCAACCGCAGGCCGGCCGCAGCAGGGGGUCAGACCGUGGACGCAAACCACGGCGGGACAAGCGCAAUGGAAGUGGCGGUGGUGCAGCUGCAGGAGGAGGGAAGGCGGACAGAUCGCUCUACAGCGGUAUUGUCACGGUCAACGGGCUGCGGCGCCACGCCAAUGACGACGAUGAGGAGGAUUUGAGCAGCGCUAGUGAGCGCCUGGCAGCCCGCUACUGUGCAAUGGACGGUGACCCCGGCAGCCCGCGGAUGGGUGGCGGCAGGAGGCACCAGUCAAGCCCAGAUCUGGCCAGGCACUACAAAUCCAGUUCACCUCUCCCGGCAGUGAAUCUACAGCCCCACUCCCCUCCAGCUGAGGGAAAGAAGCACCAAGCAGUCCAGGACCUGCCUCCCUCCAACACCUUUGUGGGCAGCGGGGGUUGUGUGGGGAGUGCCGGCUCCAGCAGCAGCAGCAGCGGGGGCAGUGGCAAUGCAGAUGCCAUGUCCCUAGGAUCUGACCAGUGCUCAGAGUAUGGGUGCCAGACUGGGAACAAGUACAGCAAACAGGGGACCCUUCGCCGGGUGACCUUCUCGGUGGUGAGCCAGCCCCAGGAUGGCGGUUGCUAUGACAGUGGCCUGGAGGACUCAGAGACGCCGAGCAGCAAGAGUUCAUCAGGGCCGCGGCUGGGUGCCCUGCCGCUGCCCGAAGAAGGCUACGAACGGACCACACCGGAGGGCAGUGUAGGAGAGGAGGAGCACGUGGAGAAUGACGCCAGACAGCUGCCAGACGUGGCUUUGACAGGAAAGUGUACCAGAGAGUGCGAUGAGUUCGGCCACUCUGACACUUGCUGGAUGCCCGUCCGCCCCUCACCUCGCCAGCGUCAGCGCCACGGCAGCGAUCCCCCACGGCUCUCCACCUUUGCCCCCGGAGACGAUAAUAACAAUCUCCGUGGCAACGACCAUGAGAGUGACAGCGAGAGUGCUGGCAGUGCGGGGAGCUCAGAACCCGGGGUGGUCGUCGGUGGUGAAGGUCAGAGAUUACCCUUAGCCAACGGAGAUCCUCUCGGCACCCUGGGCAGUGGAGACCGCAACAGGAACAUGGGCGAUCACAACCGGAACCUCCUGAACCGCAAGAUGACUUCGGCAUCCUAUGACACGUUUAGCAGCGCUGGCUUCGGGAGGCGCCAGCAGGAGGAGGAAGGAGGAGAAGGCCAGAACCCUCCAGAGGUCAUACCACUGACGCGGACAGGAGGGGACUACAAGACCACGUCCUGCCUCACGUUGUCACGCCGAGAGGUCUACCUGUGACGGCCUCGCAACAGAGAAGUCAUCCCCACGCCGCUCCCUUCUCUGAAAAUCAGGGAGGGCUAAGACUUUACUGGAAAGUCGUCAGUUUGGAAGGCCUUUUAAUAUACCCACGAAGAUGUGAAUAUGUCAGAAAAGAUGUUUUCCAAAAUAUCAAAUUGGAACUUUUGGAUUCUGACUAUUAUUUAUAGGCACCUAAGCAAGGGGCGGAUCGACUGUUCGGAGAGCCCUGACCAGGAGUACUUUCUAAAAUAAAGAAGUCUUUUUUAACUACUAGCAGAAGUUACCCACAGGCAAAUAUCCUAUUAUGUCCAUGUGGAGGAGGACAACUUCAUCUCUUCUUCUUUUUACCUGAAUCCAAUGCAUGCCUGACCCCCCUGCCAUGGAGGGAUCUGAGUGAAGAAGAGAGAGACUGAGUAAAUCCUGAUGCUAUAAAUGCCUCGGUGCAUGUUAAAACUUUCACCGAGGCUCCAGCAGGCAAGAUUUGGACUCAACUGGUGAAACAUCUGCUGAAAAAAUAACCCCACAGAGGUCUUAUCCGGUCGAAAAUAGAUGAAAAGAAGUUAACGGGUCUUUGAUUGAGUUCUUUGGAUCUAAUUCAAACCAAUCAAACUUUGUAAUGCCUAAUCGACUCUAUCGUAACACAAGACGGGGAUAUUAACCGAUCAGAUCCCGUGAGAAUCUUAACAAGUCGUGAACAGAGUAUCAAAGUACUGACAAAAGUGCGGCCACUGUACAGUUACACGGUAGAAAAAAAUGUGCUGAUCUCUAAAAUCAGGUAUCUUUGAAAACAAGAACAAACUGCAACAAUGUGAAUACACUUUUGUUUUUUUGUUUUUUUACAGUAAUCAACUGUAAUUCAGAACGCAAGGUUCUCAUAGAGUGUCCGUAGUGCCACAGAAUUCCGGUGUGUGUGAAAAUACGUGUUUAUUAUUUUUGCCUUCACACCCAGUCUGUAUGUAUAUAUCGUAUGUGUGUAUUUGCCGAGACGGCGGCGUUAUCUCGCCACUGCCGUUUUAAUGUAGACUGAGGUGCUGAGUUCACCACAGUAUCCUAACAGUGUUCAUGUAUCAUAAAUGUUCUUUCGCACACACACACACACACACACACACACACACACAUACUCACAUGCACGCACAGACUUAAGCAUGUAAACACAAACUCAUACAGUGCAUUUACAGAAUGUGAACAUGCGUAGAGCCACACUUUAUGACAUGAUGCGGUGGCCGUGUAACAUAACGUAUAUAAUAACUUGCAUUAACUUUCAUACACACAAACACACACACACACAUACAGCAAAAGUAAAGACACAAAACCAUGUUAAGAUGUGCGCAAUCCAUAUGCACUAUGUGUGUAUGUGUUCUUAAUCAUCAUUUUUUAACAUAUUGCCUCUCAUUGAACUAGCUGUAGCAUUUUGCCUGCUCCCCCUUCAGCCAGUAUUUAAACAUGAAAUGUAUUUAAAUAAUAAUUACUCAUUUCUCUGACUGAUGGCUCCAUUAAAGAGAAUUUCAGACAUUUCAUCUAUGUAAUGAUAGACAAUGUGGGAUUAUGGGAUGUUCUGCAUACUGUAAGUAUAGAAAAACCAAAUUUCUGUAAGAAAAAAACUGCAUGAACGAAAGAUAAUGCUAACUUUUUGUCUUUUUUAAAACCACACGCCUUUUUUGGAUACCACGCCUAUUUGGAUAAAUCUGUAUUAUAUGUGUGUGCGUAAGGGGAGAUGGAGAUAAUGACGGCAGCAAGGGAGUCAGUGGAUUUAAUUGUUCCUUCUUUAUUGUGGAGCAAGUUUUUGGGGGGUUAACCUUGGGCCUUUUUCUCUCCCGAGUUGGCACGAAAGGGUGCCACAGGCUGUAACAAAAAAAAAGAACACAAUGUAGUGGGAGCGCAGAGUUUUGCUGCAACCCCCCGUUUUCACCGCGCAGUGCCGACCUGAACACGCCCAUGCUGCUGUGCUGAACUGCGCAGAUAACAGACUCCUUCACAUUUGUCCUUCCCAGCAGCUACCGCACGACUCCAGACACACUCUGCUGCACUGGGCUGAAGAGUGGGUGUGGAUCGAGGCCAGCACAUCUUAAUUCCCAUCAUCAGUGUGUGGUUCAGUGGUGUGAUAGGGAUAAUAGGGUUAGGUCGUCCCUGUGGUCUUAAUGAGUUUCCUUUCUCCUCUCUUCUCCUCCCUUGAUCUGCACUGAUCUCAUUAAUGUCUGGAUUGGCGAAUGUAACACUGCUGGAAAUUGCCAGUAAGUGUGUCUCUUCAUUUUUUUUUGGCUUGUUUUGGACGAGAUGAGGCGAGGGAGGCAUGCUUGUUAAAGGCAAUUCUAGUUCCUCGAUUCUGGUAGAAUGAAGAGCAACACUCAGGUAAGAUGUGCGACAAAACUUGUUGACUUGUGGUGUUUUGGCCACACACAAACCCCACACACUGUUGCUGCUUGACUGUCCCCUCGCUGGAAGGUAACUCAAGGUGAGAACACGGUAGAGUCCUGUGCUUUCAUUUUUACAAUAGCUAUCAUCUGGAGAAAUGGGUGUGCUCCAUGUGUGUGAUUCCGCUUUGUAUACCUGUAUAUACCUUCAACUUUACAAUUCUGACUGACUCCCUCUAGCUUGUUUUAGGCCACUGAUGUACUUACUCCCUUAAGCCUUCAUUACCCCCAAAUCCCCAACAUGGCUGUUUACUGAGCUCUGUUAUUGAUGGACUGUGCUGUGGACGUAACCAAACGCAUGGAGUUAAUCUGUUCAUGGAUGGUUAAAAAGGGAUUGGUGAAAACAAUCACUUAAAGACACAAGGACACAAGCUCUUUCUCUGGGAGAAAGACUAGCGUGUCUCAAUCCCUUUGGACACCGGACAGGUCUUGAAGUUAUGGAAUGAGACUCUUGACACAGCCCUGCCUCUUCAAAGUGGCAGAUGUUUUCUUCAAACUGCUGUUUUAUGGCAGCAUCAUCAUGGCACCUUUCAAACCCUCCCGUCCAGAUUUAAAAGGAACUCGCUGUACAUGAAUCUGUGUGGGUGUGUAUCUUUUUUUAUACUGCACGUUUAAAAAACCUGAAUAUCUUUCAGUCUACUGCAAAACAGAGAGGGGAGACAGACAGAGACGAGCGUUGACCAUCACCCACUAAUCGAGACAUUUUUAAGACACUUGAGUGCACAUCAUGUACCUGUCAUCCCCCUCGUGCUGUUACCCCCCUUAUAGCCAUGUACAGAUAAAACUACACUGUAGAACAGACAACUGGAAACUGUAACAGACAAUGGCAUGCCUAAGGUCUUCGAAUCUGCACUAGAGAAAAAAAAGAAAAAAAAACGGUUAUUUUUUAUUUUCCUCUUCUUUGUUUUCUUUUCUUACGGGGGCUGGCUCUGUUUUUUUGCUGCUCCCUUCCUGUAAUUACAUAAUGAACUAAUUGCAUUUGCUAUGACGAGGAAGAGGAGGAGCU